GGGAACGAGGCAAAUGAGACACAUCAUCUUCAUCACAUUCACCGGUAAGGUGGUUGGAACCUCCGCUUUGGUUUCGAUGCAUUCGAGGGAAACAGCGGAGCAUAAAUCGAACAAAACCUUUCUCAUAAAACCCAUCGAGACCCCGUGAGACACACUCUCCCAUUUGCUCUCUCUCUCAAUGGCUCACCUUCUCCACACCUCCUUCAUCCCCGGCUCCCGAACCCUCGCCCGCAACCCGACUACUCCGGUCCUCAUCUCCGGCCGCCGCAGCAGCAGCAGGUCCCAAGUCCAGGCCAAGAUCCGAGAAAUCUUCAUGCCGGCGCUCAGCUCCACCAUGACCGAGGGCAAGAUCGUGUCCUGGGUCAAGUCUGAGGGAGACAAGCUCUCCAAGGGCGAGAGCGUCGUCGUCGUCGAGUCCGAUAAGGCUGACAUGGACGUCGAGACUUUCUACGACGGAUACUUGGCCUCCAUUAUGGUCGAGGAAGGCGGCGUUGCCCCCGUUGGCUCCGCUAUUGCGCUCUUGGCCGAGACCCAAGACGAGAUCGCUGAGGCCAAGGCCAAAGCCAAAGCCACUUCUUCUUCUUCAUCCCCGCCUCCUCAGGAGACCAAAAUUCCGGAAAAUGCGGCUCCCGCGGCGGCCCCUAAGGCGGCGGCGGCGGCAGCUCCGGUGGUGGCUUCUACACAUCCGGCUUCAGAGGGAGGGAAGAGAAUCGUGGCGUCACCUUACGCGAAGAAGCUGGCGAAGGAGUUGAAGGUUGAGUUGGGGGCAGUAGUGGGAACUGGGCCAAUGGGGAGGAUUGUGGCCAAGGAUGUUGAGGCUUUUGCCGCAGCUCAGGCUCAGGCUCCGGCCGCCGCAUCGCCGCCUGUGCCGGCAGCGGCAGCAUCAGGGAUUGAGUUGGGGACUGUGGUGCCGUUUACUACCAUGCAGGGCGCUGUGAGUAGGAACAUGAUUGAGAGUCUAUCAGUGCCCACUUUCAGAGUAGGAUACACUAUCACCACUAAUGCUCUGGAUGCUCUCUACAAAAAGAUCAAGUCCAAGGGAGUUACCAUGACAGCAUUGUUGGCAAAGGCAACAGCACUUGCAUUGGUUCAACAUCCUGUUGUCAACUCUGGCUGUAGAGAUGGUAAGAGUUUUACUUAUAAUAGCAGCAUUAACAUAGCAGUUGCUGUGGCAAUCGAUGGUGGGUUGAUAACACCAGUGCUUCAGGAUGCAGACAAGGUUGACAUAUAUACGUUGUCAAGAAAGUGGAAGGAGUUAGUUGAUAAGGCCAGGGCCAAGCAGCUGCAACCUCAUGAAUACAAUACAGGUACUUUCACUCUUUCAAAUCUUGGGAUGUUUGGCGUUGACCGGUUUGAUGCCAUUCUGCCACCUGGAACUGGAGCAAUCAUGGCAGUUGGAGCAUCUCAGCCUAAUGUUGUGGCUUCCAAGGAUGGUCGAAUUGGUAUGAAGAACCAAAUGCAGGUAAAUGUUACAGCUGAUCAUCGUGUAAUUUAUGGUGCUGAUCUUGCUUCUUUCUUGCAAACCUUGGCAAAAAUUAUUGAGGACCCCAAAGAUCUUACCUUCUAGCCCCAGCGUGUUUUGUCACCGAUGCCCUCUUGGCAUUCUCAAUAUCUGGGAUUUUCCCCAAUGUGUUCCAAUGGGUCAUGUUUCUCUGAUUUUCAAUCAUUUAUCUUUGGCGGGAAGGGUUGUUCCAUUUUAUCAAGAAUACAGAUAUUUUUGAGGAUAAGAACUUGUUGAGUGUUAGUUUUAGUUGUCCAAAGGUUGUGUCAUAAAAGUUCAACCAAAUUUUCUUCUUAGCUUGCCAUAGCAUGGAACUAGUUGGUGAGUUUGCAACAUGUAAUGAGUAGACUGAAUGAAAUUUGUAACUCCAAGUAUUUAACAUUUGCACUGAAAAACUUUCCAGUGAAACCCAUUCUCAUAUUUAAUACCUCUAUUGCAGUA